GUCCUUAUGGCCCAGUGACACACAUAAAAGGAAGGAGAUAGCUCAGUCCUAGAAGGAGGCUAGCAGUAGUGAGCGCAAAGCCCCAUCUCAGUCCUGCCUACACUCCUCUGCCUGUCAGUCAUGAAGGCCCUCAUGAUUGCCCUCUUGGUCCUCCCCUGCACAGUGAUGCUCCACUCUCAUGAAAAAGAUAAGGCUCACCUUCCAUCUGAAUGCUGCUUCUCCUUCAUCUCCCGUCAGAUCCCCCGAAAUCGUGUGGUAUACUAUUAUAAAACCGACAGCACAUGCUCCAUGGAUGCUGUCAUCUUUCUCACGAAAAAAGGCCGGCACAUCUGUGCCAAUCCCAGCGACCCCUGGGUCCAGGACUACAUCAGGGACCUGGAGGGGAGCUCUUGAAUGGCCCAGCGGGAACCAGUGAGACGUGCUGGAAGACAGAGAGCCAAGUGGACGUUCCUGCAACCCCUGAGUUCUCUCUCCCGUUGGUCCCUCUCCUGCUACUAACCACACUCUGAAUCGUUUCUUAAUUUAGUUAAACUACUUACACUUUAAAUCGUAUUACUCACCUAAUGCUUUCUCUGAGCAGUUCAAGGACACCCUCUUAUUCCUAGUUCCCAUGCUAGUCAUUCAUGUGGUGGUUGACGGAUAGUUAUGCUGAAAGCUUGUGCUCCUGUCUCAGAUUUGACCAAAUAUAUCCACAGAUGCUUACUGAGUUUUUAGGAACCCUUUGCUCUGUUCAAACCAAUGUCAGAAUAAUAAAAAUCAUGUUUAUAUUCUAAAGUAAA